ACCCUUUCUGCAUAACAACAAGCUGUCGCAAUCCCUAUCAUUUUAAUUAGUUCCGCGAGGUAGCCACCAGUUCACGCAUACUUGACUACAUAAGGAACAGGAGCUCGCCGUGCAGUCCUCAUAGACAAGAGGAAACGUCCAUCUUACUUCGCGCCACGCCCUCGGUGCACUAAGGAAAGGGCGCUUUACUAAUUGAAAAGGCGCAUCAGCGCAUCGGGAAUCUAUAAGGAGGACAUCGUGGAAUCCUUGACGAGGACAACGUCCAUUGCCUUGUCGGGCCAUCACAAACAGCCUUGACCGCAUGAGUCCCAGCGGAACAAGCAACCACGCCGUAGUAGGCGCCAUGCGCGGCACGAUGUCCAUGCCCGCCGUGCCGGCCUCUUCCAGCCCUCGCCGCAUGACUGGCCGCAGCAUGGAUUGCGUAGGGCUUGACACGUUUCGUGGAGCCCAAACUUUCAACAGCACCGCUUGCCGUAUGUCAUUAUACGGCAAAAAUGAAGGCGAGGUGGCGCUCGACAACACGGGGGCCGUCCUACGGGUACACAGCCCUAUUAGCGGUGACUUGCUUGUUACGCCCGUGGCUAAAAACAGGCCUGGUGUACGUGACCCGGUUGCCGGCUCCCCCAUGCGCUAUCACGGCGACGCCGCCGUCCUGCAGACCCCCGCAGCCGCCAACGGCUUCAUGCGCACACGCAAGUUCUACAUCGACAAGGACAUCGACAUCACCAUCCAGACCCUGCGCAACACCACAAAAGUAAACAAGUACACGAAUGAGAAGGUCGGCACCGCGGGCACGCCCACAGGCAUGGACCCCGCGCUGCUCUUCUACCACGGCCGGCGGUAGCAGCGCCCCUAGCAACAACCUCUCCGUCUCUCUCUGAGAGGCUUCCUACUUUGGGGCGGAUCUCCUGGACCUCGCUGGCCUUUACCGCCCGAUCCACACAUGCCUACCUUGUGUAUGGUGCCAACAGCAGCAGCAGCAGUAGUGCUAAUAGAGGGGAGGGGGCCCCAGCAUGCAUGCAACGGCACGGGCAGGGGGGGCAGGAGGAAGGGGGGUUGCGCCCACCCACCCAGGAGGGGAGGGGAGGGGGCAUCAGGGUGCAGCAACAAGGCGGCGGCAGCAGGGACAGUGCCGUGACAGCGGGAACUGCGUUAGUCGGCGGGCCAACCCUUCCUACAGAGCUCCUGUCGCUACCAAUUUGGCGUGCAUACUAAGGGACGUGUAAGGGUUAUACAUGGUUGCGUGCAGGUGGUAUGUGUGUGUGGGUAACUGCCGAGCCGAAACGUACUGUGAUUGGCGAAAGAUGAUGGUGUGUGUGUCGCAGGUGUGUUUUGUGACUCCUGGAUGUGAUGCCGCUCUUGCCAAACAUGUCGGAUAUGUGUGUCAUACUGAGUAGCAGGAGGGGCCACAGGUGGUGGAAUGGGGACCGUGUACAAGAAAAGGAAUGCUGAAUGCAUGAACGCGUGAUUGCGGGUCCCGGGUCGCAGGCAGGGGUUGCUUCUACAUCUCCGUUAGGCUGUGCAUGCUGCUGUGCAGAGAGAAGCGCUGCUUUCUGCGGUGUGGCGGGGCCCCCGGAGCUUGAGGGGCCCUCACCAACGCCAAGAGUUGAAGGGGAGAGCAGGAGGGGUUGUACUGCAGGCUGGCAGCCUGCUGCAGGGGGGCUGUAGACGGCAUUGUCUCUUACAUGCGGUUGGUCUGAUGCUGGUGACACAUGGCUAUCUUGUGUUCCUUUUGCUGUCCUGAAAACAUUUAUGGGGUUUGCAGGUGGUUGCAAGGGGCAGAGGGUGGGAUGAAACUGGCUUUCUUGGCCUCACUGCUUGCUUGGCUUCUUCCGGUACGAAUGCGUCUCCCUUCACAAUCUGUGGGUAGGUGAUACGAAGUGCGGCGCGAUGUGGCCGUUGCUGUGUGGUGUUUUACUUGCGAGGUGGGUUCACGGAGCACAGCAGUGGGUGAUUGCUUGCGUUUUGCAGCUGCGAGGUGCAGCAGGCGCAUGCGUGGCAAGGAAGAAAGGAAGGGAGGAAGAAAGCAUGUGCACUGCCGCUUUUGCAGCGCAGUCGCCCAUCAACGCUUUUGCCGGAGUCUUGGCUGUGGAUAACGAUUUUGGGUUUGAUUUGCAACGGGCUGUAGACGUCGUAUCCCUCCUGGCUGGGGGGUAAGGGGAGGCAGGAGAGGCCGAAACAGGCUAGGGUGUGGUGCGUGGGAGGUGCCGUUUAUUCCUUUUCGGCAGCGCUGGUGACCAACCUUGCGCCUCGUUUUGCAUGCGUGUGUCACACACGCCAUUCACAGGAAGUACAUAAAUGUCAAGAGUCACCGUCACAUAGCUGACAAUGUCUCGUCGUACCGUAUUGUAUUCAGUUCAGAGUUUAUGCUCUGGCAAACAGCCUCCAAUAACUCUUUUUGUGUUACAAGAUGUGAACUUGUGACCUCCAUUUGUCCGGAC